ACUAUACAUAAUAGAAGUACUGUACAUAUAAACAAAAGAACAUAACAUGAUGACCACUGAACAAAUGAGUAACAUUAAUGUUGUGUCUAAAAAUCCCAGAUGGUCAUUAUCUGGAAUGACUGCUCUAGUCACUGGAGGUACACGUGGAAUCGGACACGCUGUAGUGGAGGAACUUGCUGGGUUCGGAGCUACGGUGCAUACAUGUUCUCGCAAUGAAGCCGAACUUAACAAACAUUUACAAGAAUGGUCAGCUAAAGGAUUUAGUGUCACUGGAUCCGUUUGCGACUUAACUUCUCAUCCCCAACGACAACAGUUUGUCGAAAAAGUUUCGUUACUAUACAGUGGCAAGCUUAACAUCUUAAUAAAUAAUGUUGGGACAGGACUUGGUAAACCUACUACUGAGUAUACCGCGGAGGAAUAUUCCAUGCUCAUGGCUACAAAUUUAGAGUCCUCUUACCAUAUGUGUCAACUUGCACAUCCUCUUUUAAAGGCUUCUGGAGUUGGAAAUAUUGUGUUCAUUUCCUCUGUUGCAGGUCUGGUUCAUGUUUGUGUUGGGUCUAUUUACGGCGCAACCAAAGGUGCAAUGAAUCAACUUACAAAGAAUUUAGCCUGUGAAUGGGCAAAAGACAAUAUCCGGACCAAUUGUGUAGCACCAUGGUUCACUAAAACCUCACUUAUUGAAGAGGUACUUGAUAAUAAGGAGUUUAUGGAUCGAAUAGAAUCGAGAACUCCUCUGCAGCGACUUGCAGAAGCAAAUGAAGUUUCGUCUCUAGUGGCAUUCCUUUGCCUGCCUGCUGCUUCUUACAUUACUGGUCAAGUAAUUGCUGUCGAUGGAGGAUUUACAGUCAACGGUUUCCCUUGAAAACAAAACAUACUGUCUUGCCUAAUGCUUAAGAACUUCAUUCUAUGAAUUACUUUUCACCUCUCUUACUAUAUCCAGAUUAAAGGUGUUGAAUGGGAAAUAUAGUUGAUUAAGCUUA